AUGUACACGUACCCGACGCCCUCCGUGUUUUCCGGACCCCCGCUGCCCCGCCAGUGCUCCUGCAUAUAUCCCGGCGCUGGCGCGUCCUCUCCCGCCUGCACGGGCUCCCCGCAGCCGCCGUGCUCUGCUCCCGUCCGGGGACCGCGCGUCACUCUGCCGCGGCCGGAUCGGGCCCCAGAGCCCCGCCAGCGUCGGGCCCAGGUGAACAGGGCCGGGUCGCGGCCGACGGGCGACCAGGGGCCGCGGCGGCGCGGGGCACGAGUACGGAGAGCUAACCCGGCCCGUUCGGCUUUUUCUUUCGUUUUCUUUCGUUUUCUUUCGUUUCUCUCGCCGGUAACGAGCGGGCAGCGGCCGAACGGAGCUCCCACGCCACCGUGCCGGCGGGUAAAGCACCGAGCGAGCGGCCGCUGCCCGCCGAGCCGCUCCACAUCGAGAGUUCCCCCGGGCCCGGAGCUGCCCCUCGGCCCCACCGAACGCACCGGACUCGGAUCGACACCGAGGCGAGGCGGCGGGGAGCCGGGCGUACGGCGGGCAGCAGCGCCCGGUGAAGGAUGGCCCUUUCCCAGGGGCUCGGCCCUGAUUUAUGUGAGAACCGCAGCGCUCCGGGGACGCCCCCGCACGGCGGGGCCGCUCGCGGGCACCGGGACUGCGGCCGGCGGACGGUACCAGCGAUGCCCCGCCGCUCUCGGCUCCGCACCGCCGGCCACCUGCCGGCUGCCCGCCCGAGGUCCGCGCACCGAGCUCCGGCCCCGGGAGGCUCCGCGGCGAGGGGGCACGGAGCGACCUCGCCUGCAGCGACCGGCCCUGGGCGGAACACGCUGCCCUUGGCACACCCGCCUUGGCGUAGCCCUGGCCCGCAGCCUCCCGGGGCAAAGAAUGGCUUUAUUCCAACGCGACGCUUUCCCAGCAGUGACUCUUCCACUCUUGUUUCGAAUGAAAUGUAUUCUUUAAUCCCUGGGCUCAGCAACCACGUCCAAGGCAGGGAUGCUGUAUGCUCCCCCAGCAGUUGCUGCGUUCGUCCCACCUAUCUGGUCCCAUUCCUGCACCAUCCUGCCACUCUAACACCCAUCCCUGCCUCCCAGGUCUUGGGAACCCCUGGCUUGGCUUUGCCAAUAACAACCACUCCUGCAGUACCCAUUUUUGGGAGAAAUACAUCACUGCAAUUUUUUUUUUUUUUUUAAAGAUUAUUAUCAUUCCACUUGUCAUUGGCUGUUUUACAUUUGCUUCACAGUUCUUGCAGGGAUGUAUGGGCUGGAAAUCUGUCCCAAAACAAAACCUGCAUGAUAAAUGGUUGUUGGUUUUGUUGUUUGUUUUUUUUUUCUUUCUUUUUUUUUCUUUUUUUUUUUUUCAAAGGGUCAUACCAAGAGUUUCUGUGCACGUUUCAAGGUUGGGAUCCUGAGGUAGGGGAUCUGAGUGGUGCUGAAUACCAGCAGCUGUGUGCAGUGUUCAGCGCUCAGCACUUCAAGGGAUGAGAGUGGCUCAUGGCAGAGUACUGGGUUUUGACCCUAAAGGGAAGGUUGUCCUUGAUUUCAGUGUCUGAUGGAGCUCUGGAACUGAGCCUGACAUCUUGAGCUCAGUGAGAGCCAAAUCACAGGAGCAGGUAAAGGUCAUCCCACAUCUGAAGCAACUCAGGAUAGGAAAUGUCAGCACCGAGGACCCCCUCCUGUCUGCUUUUAUUCGGCUUCUCUUGUGCACAAAGGAUACACAGGCUUGACAAAGCCACCCUGCUGCACAGCACGGCCCUGCGGCUGUGGACGUGCUGAGGGCUGUCAAACACCUCUUCCUCUGGAGGAGAAGCUGUCAUAAAUCACAGCAUAGUGCUCCCACAACGAGUGCUCCUGUGCCGGGGCUCCUGUUGAGGCCACCGCCGCCAACGCGCGUUCAUCAGUCCUUCCCCAGCGCCUUUGCUCCGUGCUUCAGAAGCCAUCGCUGCCUGUUUGCUUCCAUGAGGUUAAGAAGCAGGGCUGAAAUUCAUCCUUCAGCAGAGGCCCAGCACGAGGCUCGCUCGCCGCUCGCAUCUGCAGGCCUGCGUACCACUUGCAUCCCAUAGGGCUUAAGUGGAGCCUAAGUGGACCCCGGGCCCUGUGCUGGCGUCCGGCCCGGUACUGAAUUGCAGCUCCGAGCCCAGGCCUGCAGCUCUGAUUCAUGCAUGUAAUCCUGCUGAGGUCAGCGGGAUCCAUCCCGCUCCCACCACAGCCCGCGGGAUGGUUCACACGAGAGUAGCAGGGUCAGGCUCUGUGUUUGCAUGCACUGUUGAA